AUGGUGCAGGCCAAAUACCUCACGGGCGACUCUGCCGCAAUCAAUGAGUUCAUUGAUCAAUUCGAUGUAUUUCUACUUGAUUGCGAUGGAGUACUAUGGUCGGGUGACCACCUCUUCGAAGGCAUCCCAGAGACACUCGAGAUGCUGCGGUCAAGAGGCAAGCGGGUGGUAUUCGUCACGAACAACUCGACCAAGUCACGGCCCGACUACCAGAAAAAGCUGACGGCGAUGGGCAUCCCCAGCAACGUGGAGGAGAUCUUCGCGUCGGCUUACUCAUCCGCAAUCUACAUCUCGCGUAUCCUGGCGCUGCCCGCGCCCAAGAACAAGGUCUUCGUCAUCGGCGAGAGCGGUAUCGAGUCUGAGCUGCGUACCGAGAACGUCCCCUUCAUCGGGGGCACCGAUCCCGCCCUGCAGCGCGACAUGACGCCCGAGGACUUCAAGGGCCUGGCUGACGGCUCGCUGCUGGACCCCGAUGUCGGCAUCGUCCUAGCCGGCCUCGACUUCCAUAUCAACUACCUCAAGCUGUCCUUAGGGUUCCAGUACCUGCAACGGGGAGCCAAGUUUCUUGCGACCAAUCUCGACAGCACGCUGCCCAUGAACCAUACCUUCUUCCCAGGCGCCGGCUCCAUCUCCAUCCCGCUGAUCCACAUGAGUGGGCAGCAGCCCACGGCCCUAGGCAAGCCGAGCCAGGCGAUGAUGGAUGCCAUCGAGGGGAAGUUCAAGCUGGACCGUGCGCGGACCUGCAUGGUCGGCGAUCGUCUGAAUACCGACAUCCAGUUUGGCAUAGAGGGAAAGCUGGGAGGAACACUGGCGGUGUUGACCGGCGUGAGUCGAAAGGAGGACUGGGAGGCAGAAGGUGCAGAGGUCGUGCCUGCGCACUACGUUGACACGCUGAGCGAUCUUAGGGGUUCGACAGCGUGA